AUGGAAGCUCUCUUUCAGUCCAGUUCCAUUCUCAUGAAGGUGAAUACCUUACAAGGGAAGAAGAUGGUGGAGAGUGGCCUCCAGUCUGGAGACCUGUCCCUGUCCCAAUCAUGGUCCUCUUGCCUCCCACCACCUGCGGACCUGGAGAUCGUGCAGCAGAAGGUGGCCGCGGUGCAGCGGGAGCUGGAGGACUUUAAGAAAGAGGCGCUGAAGGCCAUCCAUUAUCUGGAGGACGCCUUCUGUGAGAUGAACAGCAUCCUGGUGCAGCAAGAGGAGCAGGCUGCCCGCGUGAAGCAGCGGCUCCGGGAGGAGGAGGACCGGGGCAUCGUGCGCAACAAGGUGCUCACCUUCCUCCUGCCCCGCGAGAAGCAGCUGCGGGAGCACUGCCAGCGGCUGGAGAAGAUGCUGCUCCGCCGAGGCUGGGAUGCGCCGGCUCCCAUCAGGAAGAGCCAGGCCGACUGA